AUGGCAUCUCUCGUCUUCCAGCUGAGCGGCACCUGCAACAACUACCCAUGGGGCAAGAAAGGUCGGCAGUCGCUCGCGGCCCAGCUCUGCGCCCAGACGCCCGGGACCGACUUCAAGAUCGAGGAUGACCAGUUCUACUCCGAGAUGUGGUUCGGGGACUACCCUAACUUCCCAGCCCGUAUCUUGGAGACGGGCGAGCCCCUGAGGGAUGUCCUCGACAGGAACAAAGAGAAGCUUCUAGGCAGGAAAGUCAUCGAAAAGUACGACGCGCAGGUGCCCUUCCUGCCAAAGAUACUUUCCAUCCAGAAGGCCCUGCCGCUGCAAAUACACCCUAACAAGGAGCUGGCCAGCAAGCUCCACAAGGAGAACCCGGAGAAGUUCACGGACCCCAACCACAAGCCCGAGAUCGCCGUCGCCCUGUCCAAUUUCGAGCUGUUCGCCGGCUUCAAGCCGCUCGACGAGAUCGCCCCGGUCUUCACCCUCCUCCCGGAACUCGCGCAAUUUGUCCCCUCCGGACAGCAGUCCGACCCGAACUCCUGGACCGACGACACCCUCCGCCAAGUCACCCGCGCCAUCCUCAAGGCCGACGAACCGGCCAUCAAGGCUGCCCAGGACGCCCUGCUGCACCGCGCCGACCGCGCCGCCCUGGACGCGCGCGGCGGCGGCGCGGGCUACGUCCUCGACCUCCUGCCGCGCCUGCAGUCGCAGCACGGCGCCCGCGACCCGGGCACCCUCGUGGCGCUGCUGUGCAUGAACUUCCUCGCGCUGGGGCCCGGCGAGGCCGUGUACGUCCCGCAGGACGGGAUCCACGCGUACCUCUCGGGCGACGUCGUCGAGUGCAUGGCGCGCAGCGACAACGUGCUCAACACGGGCUUCUGCCCGCCCGCCGGCCGCGACUCAGCCGACCUCUUCGCCGCGGCGCUGACCUUCCGCGCGCACGCCCGCGACGACGUCUACCUGCCCUCGACGCAGAGCGGGAAGAGCAGCUCCGGCAGGACGGCCGUGUACGAGCCGGAUCUGAGCGAGUUCGACAUGCUGCGGGCGGACCUCGGGGCCGGCGAGGAGGACGAGCUGUCCGAGAGCGACGGGCCCGGCGUCAUGAUUGUGACGCGGGGGUGCGGCGAGAUGGAGGCUGAUGGCGGGACGUUUGACCUGUCGGAGGGCUUCAUCUUCUACGUGGCUCCCGGCGUGCGGGUGAAAUGGAGGACGGAGGCCGGGAUGCAGAUCUUUAUGGCGGUCGUGUGA